AUGCACAUAGAAAAUGGCCAGAAAUUUUCACGACAAAAUCUUUCUGCACCGGCAACUGUAAAAUUUAUGGAAGAAACUUGUGCCAGAUAUGGAGUACCGAAAACAAUAGUCUCUGACAACGGUAAACAGUUCACCAGUCAUCUUUUUGAUCAUUUUUGUAAACAAAAUGGUAUCCAGCAAAGUACAACACCUCCUUAUCAUCCUCAAUCAAAUGGACAAGCAGAGAGAUUUGUAGACACUUUCAAAAGAGGAAUUAAGAAAAUUCAACAAGGAGGAGAUCUUCAAUCAGCUGUAAAUACAUUUUUGUUCACUUACCGGUAUACACCAAAUAAAUACAUUGGAAACAAAUCACCGGCCGAGUUGAUGCUGGGAAGAAAAUUAAGAACUGUCCUGGACUUGGUUCGUCCAUCUAAAAAUACAGCUGCCAGGAUCAAUGAAAAGCAAAAUUCUCAAUGUAACAAGCACCAUUAA